AUGCUUCUUCUCCUCCCACCCCCUGUAGAUUAUGAAGGACUGAAUGCCCUGAGCAAGGAGAUGGCCGCCCUACAGUGGAGCCAGCACGAGACCGAGUGCCUAAACUACGAGGAACUGACACUGUUGCAGAAGACAUUCAAGCCCUCACCACCAGCUCUCUACCUCAUGCCCAGUGGCCCCGGCGGAGUGCAGUCCCAGGCCGCGGGCAUCUUUGUCAUCGAGGGCACCAACGUCCUACUGGGCUCAGCAUUCGCUCAUGGUCACCCGCCCCAGUGGUGGGACCUUGCCAAGAAUCUGGACCGGUAAGUGUGCGCCUAAACUCGCUCUUCAUCCACUGGCACUGGCGCUGCUCUGCCGACAAGGGCGUAAAAGUCGGCAACAGUGUUGUUUCUGUCCCCCCCCCUACUGUGACUCCGUCUGCCAUUUGGCCAGCUUCUCCAUCUUAACGUCACAUCAGACUACUCGUCAAGACUAGUGACAGCCUGGGCCCGACGUUCAUUCCAUGUAGCUGGCCAUCUGUGCCCUUAUGGUCAGCGAGGACAAGUGACCCGUUAUGUCUGAUUCUCUUCGCCAUGUCCAAGUCCAAGAGCUAAUAUAAACAAACUCAGCAGAUAGCCUGAGAAACACAAAACGGGACACUUUUCUCCUCGAAAAUGAACUGUCUUACGCGGAAGGAUGCAAAGGUUUUUCCAAGAGGUAGAUGACUCGGUCCACUAGAGAUUCGCUCGUGCAUCCUACACAAAAACCCAUAGCCAGAAAUCUCGGCCUUGGCACGUCGUGGCCGAACUGCGGAGCCUCAAAUUCUGAUCUGGUUCUGCGCCGCCCCAACUGCCAGGUAAACGCGUCCGGUCCUGCGUCUUACUCACAAGGCGAGCUCAGUAUGACGCGAGUUGACUUCUUCUGCUAGUUGCAGUGCAAACGACUGCUGCUGCUUGUUUGAUUCACAGGCUAUAAUGAGUUUUGUCUACGUGAUUCAAUCGCGAUCCUUUAGCUUGUGUCUAAAGCGCAGCCCACGUGGAGAAACCGAUUGAGAACUAUGCACAAGCACUCACUAGUGUAGCGGCACAGCUGUAAGAAUGUGUGUAGUCUGUGAGCUACAAGUAUCAAGUCAAAUCCCAGAUUGGAAGGAGAAGACAGAAGAAAGCAGAAUGAGGGGAUUAUUGUGCACAGAACCCGGAGUUGUCCUCUCAGGCGGCAGUGACCACUGGCGAAGCCAGGGCUGUUAUUGACUGCGUCCAGUCAUGUCUGAGAGUCCCUGAGAUGGUGGUGGCAGCGGCUUUUGUAGGCUCGUGGGCCAAGCUCAAGUGGUGGCCAGUCCGUGGGGUGGUGGUGUUCCAGUGACUUAGGUUGUGCUUGUAGGGGAUGGGGUGCGUCCCAGUGGCCGCAUAGGCAGCUGCGGCUGUGCGGAAGCAGGUAUGCCCGAGCUGUCGGUCGUGGUGUGACAUCAGGUCAGCGCGUCUGGAACGGCUCACUGCAAAAGGGUGAAUGACCUUGAGGCAGCGAGGUCUUGAACAAUGACGCCAGACCGGUCAUGAUGGCUGCCCGCUACACUAGCACUGGUGACGUGAUCCAUGCUGUCCAGAUCGUGGGCCACGGUGAUGACAGCCACACGGAAGGGCAGUUGUUGUAUGGGGAUGGCUGUCGUACACUGUCUCAACCAAUUGUCGCGUUGAGCUACCUACGGGCCCGGAUGCUUCUGAGCGACCGCCAUUUAGCAAACAACCAAACUCACGGGAGUCAAACGCGGUGUGCGGCGCCCUCACUUACUAGGCCCCGCCGAGCACCGCAACCAAAUUAGGGGGUAGUUUACUCUCAUUCAGAAAUCAUUAACCAACUAGCAGGUCGCGUUGACAAUGCCAGUCAACACGUCAGGUACUUGUCUUCUUAGCGCUACAGUCGCCACGCCAUGACAAUGAACAGCCGAAAGGCAUUUUGUAAGCGUCAGACGCCUAGUUAGUCUACCCCGCAGUGUGUACGCUCCUCCAUCCUUUUUUGGUGUUACCAACCGACAAUGCGACCGUCGUUACCGACGAUGUCCACCUUGUGCUCCACAGCCGAGUGAGAUCAGAAAGGGUGACAUGCGCGUGGGUUAUUUGCCAGUUAUAGUGGACUUGCGCAGAAUCCACCGUACUCUAUCCUCCUCCUCCCCCACCUGAGCCCAAUGUCAAGACAGAGGCAAAAAGACCGGAGGCGGCAGGGGGGGGGGCGGUGCAUGUGACCCCGGCAGGGCGAAAAUCUGCACCUAGGCGUACCACCACACCCUAUGGUCUACAACAUGCAUUGACCAGAAUUUUAUACAACAACACAAAAGGGGGCGGCCCGGGGUAACAAUCGGGAGAGGGCACCCAAAUGUCCGUUGCCUAGACAUAAUACCUGCUAUACCUAUUUGAGUAGGUUGUGGCCCUACAUAUUUGUUGUUUCAUCCGACCUCAAUUUUAUCUGGUCUGCAGAGCACAUGUUGCCUCACUUAGAUUAUCAUAGUCUCCAACAGUUGAGAUGCGACCGCUGCAGACCGAGCCAUAGUUAAUCAACCUUGACCUGCCCGGCCCGUAUCCCAUACAUUGACCAGAUUUUUAUACAAAAAGGGGAGGACGGCCCCGCCCCCCGUUGGGCGCAGUAUGAGCCUCCGACCCAUCUCGCUGCCACACCCAAUAUGUUGGCAUUUUGUGGCUGCACAUUCUCGGUAACGCCUACCGCACUCCAAUCUAGCCUCCCUGUUGAUCCACCGCAUCUACCACGCGACCCGUUUUAGGGGACAAUGUUGCCAACCAGUAAAUUCUUGACAUAGCCUACGCAAGCUGCGACUGACUGUGUGAGCCUAAGAACACAAUAUUUAACUGUAAAUAGGCGCGCAACCCUUGUGCUUACAAUGGUUCCAACACUUCAGUAAGUAGGGAGCUGACGAACCCCCAACUUGACGGAUCCGAAGGAUCUGAACUAAGUCAACAUUUCAUGCAGGGAUAGACACACGGACCCUGAAGUUUUUCCAGAUCAUGGCCUUUGACGAUCCCUUAGCUAAAAUGAGACUGUCGACUAUCAGCGCAGUAGGAGUGAGCUGAGUUUCCGAUCCCCCGGCCUCGGUCAGAAGUAUUGGUUAGCUAAUGAGGGUAUUAAUAGACUGUAAAAACCUACUAUCUCUGUAUUCCAGUCUUCUCGUGUACCUUCGCUGUUGUCCGCUUCUUUGUUUUGCGGUCUCGCAGAUGUUUGC